GCCGAGAGUAGAGAGUGAAGCUCGGUUUGGGUGAGAAAAAAGAGUCCGUAGGCAGGCAAAGCGAAGCCUACAUUCUACAUCAGCCGGAGAAGACGAGCUAAACGACUCUCUGCAACAAUUUGAAUCAGGUUCCUUUUUGUUGUUUUGCAAUAUCUGUUUGCAUAUACAAGGCUCUGGUGAUAAUUAAGAGAAGAGUGACACAGAAGAUGGCGCAAAUGAGGAUGAAUCAACCUUCACACUGGUGGUGGCUUGACGAUCACAGCGCCUCUAAAAGAACCCCAUGGCUCCAAUCCACUCUCUCUGAGCUAAACGAGAAGACAAAGGCAAUGUUAAAACUGAUUGAACAAGAUGCGGAUUCCUUUGCGCAACGUGCAGAGAUGUAUUACAAAAAGCGACCAGAGCUUAUUCGCAUGGUUGAAGACUUCUAUCGGACUCAGCGUUCUCUGGCAGAGCGCUAUGAUCAAGUCAAACCUGAUUCUGGGUUUCGCCUCCUGAUUUCAGGAGGAUCUCCUUUUGCCUCGGCCAAGUACCAAUCAGAGAAAUUCAUGACUUUCACGGAUACCUGUUAUGACAGCUUCUCUGAGAACUGCGAUGUGGAGGAGUCUGCGGAGUCUGAAGUCGACGAUCCUGAGCAAGAAGAGGAAAGUGAAUUUGACAAAAAGGGGGAAGUUCCUUUUGUGGCCGUGAAUGAUGAAGCCAAGAGGUUAGGUGAAGAAAUUAAGAGACUUGAAGAAGAGAACAAGGUUUAUAAGGAUCAAGUGAAGCAGAAAGAUGCCAUGCGCAAUGAACUGAUGACUUUGAGGGAAGAGAUAGAAAGGCUCAGAGAAGAGAAUAGGGAACAGAAGGAUCAACUGAAGAAGAAAGAUGCCAUGAGUGAUGAAGCAGCGAAGAUGAGGGAAGAGAUAGGAAGACUGAGAGAAGAGAAUAGAGCACAGAAGGACGAACUGAGGCAGAAGGACGAGGAGAAGAUAGAGGUGAUAAAGCACCUGAGUUUGGCAAUAGACGUGAUAAAGCAGGAGAAUUCAAAGAUGAGAAACUUCAUCGCUAAGGACUGCAACAAGAAAUGGAAGCACCCCUUUGAACUAAACAAACUCAUGGGAGCAUUGUCCGGGAAGCUGUUUAAUGGAUAUCCAUGGAAUCAGCCCAGUGUUAUAGCUCUCUAGAUGUGAUUUACUAGUAGGCAUAUGGCGUAAACUAAGUAGAAAAUACGUUUAUACAUGUAUUUAUAUGUGUCGAAGAUCUAUAUACAUUUGAGUAGUCCGCGUCCUAGAUAUCAGUUAUGUAAUUAAUUUCACAUAUGUUCCUUCUAGCAGAGAAAAGCCAGAUAGAGUAUUUCAGUGGUUCUUCCUUUUGUCACGGGCUUAUUGUAUGCAUUCCCAUCCUUGCAAUUGAUUUAUUUAUUUACAGUGUUA